CAUCAAGCCGCUGCUAUCUUCACCAUUCGCAGUCAUUCCUUUUCUUCGUUCAUUUCCGGCUCUCCCUUGAGUUGACCAUUUGAUAAAUCACCUCGUACUGUCUCAGCGGCGCAUGCCACCCUUGCGACUCUCCUAGCGCAAUGGUCAACAUAGCGAAACGCAUGCGGGCGUUUCAGCCAAAACUAUACAAUAUCCGCCACGGCCGAGGCGCAUCCAUCCUUCCUCCUCCCCCGGCGGCUCAGGUAGCCAAGUUCAACGUCGUCUUACCAAACCUCCCCAAGACUUCAGAGAGCUAUGCUGCCAUCCGCGGCACCAAAAUAUUUAUCAAGGAACUGCUUCCGCGGUUAAAAUAUCACAACCCAACUCUCCCCAUUUCGGUCCAGUCCGUGGGUGAGCAACCAAGCUUGGAGCUGACUUUUGCAAGCAAUCAACAUGGCAUCUUGUCCGCUAUUGAGUCGCAAGCAAAAUCCUCUGAUGCGGCCCAGGUCCAGGCGCGCUGGUCAGAUAUCGAGACUUCAGGCUCACAUGCGGCCGAAACUUCUACAACAAAGUCAUCUCAAUCCAGUUAUCAAAGAGUCCUUUCAGCAAAUCUAAGUGGUCACCAAGUGGAAACCAUCUGGGAUUUUGUUCAGGGAGUUACAGGCGCCAAGGAAGCGCCCGCGCCCACCACCGAAGAGCUCGAACAAAUGCAACGUCUCAGCGAGUUUUUCGAGCAAUCUGAAAAGGAUCGACAACUAGUCAAGGCUGGUAGGGACGCCAUCGCCAAGGAGAAGGCCGAACUCCGAAAAGCAAAGGAGGCCGCGGAAAGGAUGUCUGCCGAGUUUUAAUGGCUUCGCCUUUCCUAAGCAUGUACAAUAUUGUUCUCACCAAGUGCACAGCGAGCGAUCUUAAAAUGCAUGAGUUCACCAUCAACUGUGCAACAUGAAAUAUUACUUGUCUAUCUUUUGUUCCCUCUAGGUCCGUUUAUUCGCUACAUCGAACAGCAAGGACAGCAACCGACACAGAUGAUACUUGAUCAACUUCUCUAGCGGCCAGAACACAAGCUCAUGCAUAUCCCCCUACCAGCACCUCGGUUCCAAUCCUACAACUCUACCAUCAACCCAACCAAAGUACUUCCACUCCCACCGGUCACUCAAACUAGAGUCUUGCAGUGCACGCCCAAACCCUCUACACUCACUUGGUUCUGUCCAGGCGAAUGGCCCCUGCAUUUCGGCGCUUGUUCCAAGUCUGCCCUCCACAAUACCCCUUCUCCAUUCUUCCAUCGCGAAAAGCGGAAGCAAAACUCCAAGCUUAUCACCGUGUCCCGGAAUUUCAUUGGCGUAGAACCAAUGCACACCAGGAAGAGAACGGUGCCAAAUAGCAUACACCGCACUCUCUGCGAACGCGGCAGGCAAUUCGAACAGGUGCAUGUCGUCGAAUAUGCGAGUCAUGCGGAACCCUUCAGCUCGGAGCAGCGGCCAACUCAUCUCGGAAUACUUCGCUUCCGGGGUGAAAACGACGUUCGAUAGCGUCAUGACGCUCACCCGAUACGGAUGUUGGUGUCCGAUUCCAGGCAAGAUGGGCAGCACCACUGUACCGUAUGGACGUGAUGGCGUUCCUUCCUCAAACCAUGUUGUGUUAGGGAUCAGGAUUUGGCGGAAUAGUCGAUGAUCAUUGCAUUUGUGUUGAUAUCCCUUUGCAUUUAAUAUCCAGCCAUUAAUUGCGGAUCCCUCCAACGGGAGCCUGCUUUGCUGAGACUCAGCCCUUGCCGUUGACUCUGGCACACGGAAAUUGUUUCGGCGAUUUGAACUCGACCGACGACCUGGAUUGGGGCCGAGCAUCACCAAUGGGUCGGUAUGACUGCUGGGAUUCUGUGAUGGCGGAUACAUGUCGCCAUUGUCCGACAAAGGCAGGCCUCUUUCGCGAUGUGAACGUGUCGCUUCAGGAAGUCGCAACCGUUGGUAGAUAGUCUGGUAUCCUCGUUCAUCGAUAGAAAUGAACGAAUCCACUCCUGUUGAAGCCGAUGGGCCGGCAAAUUCACCUCUCAAUACCUCUUCCGAUCUCUCGUCCGGACCAUGGUCAUUGUGCUGAUGGUCUGUGCCGUUCUCAGGAGGCAUACUGCCGGCUGAGUUAGACGCCUCGUU